CCUUCCCUCUCCCGUCCCCUCCCUCCAGUCUGUUCAAAGAGCCUGGCUAAAUAGGCAUCAUUAGGUCCCUCUCUUCCUAUGUUAAUUGUGUUUGAGUUCUAUUUCUUCUACCUUGCUUGCUAAGAGUUAAAAUCACCAGGAGCUGAAAUUGCUUGAGAUGAAUGGGCAGAAGUUACAGUCAAGAAGUGGAUGGCAGCGGAUGGUGACUGACAGCCAGCAGGGCAGAGGUGGAGAGAUGCCAUGAGCUGCCCUCAGGGUGGCGCCAGAGAGCAGGUGGAUGAAAACAAACAGCAUGUGGCUACACCUAGGAAACACAUGCUUAAUGCCUGUGCAAAUCCAACCAGUUCAUUUCUGAGCAGAAGGAAGUGAAACAAAAUUGCUCUCUGGUCUCUUCCUUGCAUGAGAAGCCAUGGCUGUUGCUGCAAAUCCAGCAAAAACACUCCAGGAUGAAGUGACCUGUCCCCUCUGCCUGGAGUAUUUGAACGAUCCGGUGUCUCUAAACUGUGAUCACAGUUUCUGCCAAGCCUGCAUCACCCAGUGCUGGGGGGGACUCACUACAGAUGUCUUCUGCCCUCUGUGCAGAGAGACCUUUCCUCAGAGGAACUUCAGACUGAAUAGGCAGCUGAGGAAUAUUGUGGAGGCAGCCAGAGAACUCCAGUUGCAGGCAAGGAGGGAGCCAGCCCCAGAGAGACUGUGUGAGAAACACCAGGAGCCUCUAAAAUUCUUCUGCAGAGAGGAUGAAAUCCCCAUCUGUGUGGUGUGCGACAGAUCCAAGGGGCACAAAGAUCACACAGUGAUUCCUGCAGAGGAAGCCGCCGAAGAAUUCCAGGAAAGAAUCCAGGCCCAUUUGAAAACUCUGAGGUGUAAAAGAGAAAAGCUGCUGGGAUUUCAAGUGAGUGGAGAGAAGAGAAGCCAGGAAUACCUGAAACAGACACAAACCGAGAGGCAGCAGAUUGUGACUGAGUUUCAGCAGCUGCGGCAGUUCCUGGAGGAACAAGAGCGACUCCUUCUGGCCCAGCUGGAGAAACUGGACGAGGCGAUUGUGAAGAUACAGAAUGAUGCUGUUACCCAAUUCUCGGAGCAGAUUUCAUGUCUCAGUGAGCUGAUCAGUGAGCUGGAGGGGAAGUAUCAAGAGCCAGCAAGUGAAUUCCUGCAGGAUGUCAGAAGCACCUUGAGCAGGUGUGAGAAGGGGACAUCCCAGCAGCCAGAGGAAAUUUUUCCUGUGCUGGAAAAGAGACUUGGGGAUUUCUCCCAGAAAACUGUUGCUCUUAUGGAGGCUCUGAAGGAGUUCCAAGACACUCUGCCAUCGGAGCUGGAGACAAAAGCAGGGGAACCCCUUGGAGCGCACAGACUGACGAAUGUGACUCUGGAUCCAGACACGGCACAUCCCCAACUCAUCCUGUCUGAGGAUCGGAAACAUGUGAGAUGGGAAGAAACGCAGCAGUAUCUGCCUGACAGUCCUGAGAGAUUUGACACUGAGCCCUGUGUGCUGGGCCAUGAGGGAUUCACUUCAGGGAGACAUUACUGGGAGGUGGAGGUGGGAGCUGAGGGAGGCUGGGUUGUGGGCGUAGCCAGAGAGUCUGUGAGAAGGAAGGGACUGGUCAGCCCCGAGGAAGGGAUCUGGGCUGUGGGGUGUGUGUUGGGUGAAUUCUGGGCUCUCACUUCCCCUGCAACCCCUCUGCCCCUGAGCUGGGUCCCCAGCAAGCUCUGGGUUUGCCUGGACUGUGACCAGGGGCAGGUGACAUUUAUUGAUGCUGGUGCUGAAGCCCCGAUCUUCAUUUUCCCACUGGGCUCCCUCCCUGGGGAGACAAUCCGACCCUGGCUCUGGGUGCUGGGGGUAGGCUCCCAGCUCAGCCUGUGUCCCUGAGAUGUCAGAAGAAGGGCAAGGAGGAAAAAGAACAUCCCACACUGGGAACCCUGAAAUCAGCCUCUCUGCUGUCAGACACUUUAGUCUCUAUGAUUUCCUCCUGUGGACUUGCUAUCGUGAAGUCUCAGAGGCUGGGGAUGUUUCAUCUGGGCUCCACUCUGCAGUUUCUGGUGCCAAACCAUAGAGAGUAUUGGGCAAGGGAGAGAAGCCAAUCUCAUCUUUGCCCCUGGAAUUGUGCAGCCUGUUUGCUGUUGUCCUCUAAGAUCCAGGUCAGAUAGUGUCAGUGAGACAUGGGGCACCACCAGCCCAUUGAGGGAACUAUGGGCUUCUCUUGUCAUAGUCACCCUAGCCCUACUGGCCUGGAGGAUUCCUAACUACCCAGACUUCUGGCUCAUCUCCAUGUCCCUGAGGGAUCCCAUCUACUCCACCCUCUCUUCAAGACUUCAUAGAAUCAUAGGGCUGGAAGAGACCUCAGGAGGUCAUCUAGUCCAGCCCCCUGCCCAAUGCAGGACCA